UUAUCUUGCAAAUUGCAAUUACUCCACUUCAUUUUGGAAAGACAAUUGGUUGAUAGACUUGACGAUUUACUUGGGAAAAAUUUCAUGUUCGAUUAUAUAUCUAUAUAUGCUCUGCAGUUAGGAAAUUAAGUUGAAUGGUUGAUAUGAGGCAACAAGCAUCCUAUGGUCAGACGUCCAAUGCCUAUUUACAUCCUUUUCCCAAAUAAGCCUAUAUUCUGGUAUUGCCUAAAUGACAUUUUUCCUACUGAAGUAAGCCACUUGAAACAGAAUAGAAAUUUUUCACCUGAACUAUGCAACAAAAAAAAACAAUUGUUUCAACUAAAGUAUAAUCAUGACUGAUCUAGUUGUUCUGACAACUAAUAUAGCAUGUAUGCUAAAUAGAAUUUCGGGAAAUUGUAACUCCAAUAACAUGCCAUUGUAUAGUUGAUAAUUGAAAUCAGAAAAGAAAUUUGGUCUUACCGUAAAGCAGACAUACUAGUAUGAAGUUUAAACGGUGUUAUCUCUUCUUCAAUAGUUUGGAUUGAGUCGUUGAAUUCGGAAUAUGCAACUCUGCAAGUAGUAUCAUCAAAUGCUUCCUUGUCUACUUCAAAAUGCAGGGGAAUAUUUUGAAUUGGAAAUCGAAAUGCGCAACUAAGAAGUUAUGGACUACAGCAGCUGGUGCAAAACCUGAUGGUUCUGAAUUUGAAAGUGUGGAUGCACCACUUGAGCCCCAAACAUGGGAAGGGAGUUUCUUGUGUGGUUUGUUGAAGAGCCAGCCACAUAUUUUUCUAGUUGCUGCAGCAAAGCAACUGCAAGAACUGUCUAAUCAAAGAGAAGACACCUUGAAUCGCUGGGAACACAGUAUUGGUUCUAAAGGGGACUGCCUUCACAGGAGGAUUGCUGAAAUGAAGGAGCAAGAGUGUCAGCCUGCUAUUGAGGACAUCAUGUAUAUGCUGAUUGUUUAUAAGUUUUUCAAGAUUGAAGUUCCAAUGGUUCCAAAUCUAUCGAAACUCAUCAGCAACAGAAGAUUACAACUAUGGCCACCAAGGGAGACAGAUCUUGAAUCCAUUCACGGACCUGAGGUGCUAGAACUAAUUAGGGAACACUUGACCAGCAUUAUCAGAUGGGUGCACAGAAAUGGUCCCAAGAUCAAUCGCUCGACACUUCGUAUUAAAAGACUGCAAUUUGGUCGGAUAUAUUCCGCUUCAAUAAUGUAUGGGUACUUUCUGAAAUCUGUCAGCAUCAGGCAUCGUUUGCAGCUGACUCUCACUCAUUCUGAAGAAAUUUUACCUCCAAUUCAGUUUCUGAAUGCUCAAUUUACUAGUCCCCAGAAACAAGAACAGGAAGAGGCCGUUGGAGGUUCUGGGGAAACAUCAUCUUCCUGGAAACCAAGCUCCGUUGUCAACCUGCAUGACUUGAAGGGUUACAUGAUGGGCUUUGAUCCAAAGACCUUGCAGCUCUGUGCGAAGCUGCGCUCUUGCGAAGCUUCUAAUCUCAUCGAGAAGCACAGCUGGGCACUUAUCGGAGAGAACAUGGUACUUCCCCAAGAGAACAAUGAAGCGGUUAUACUUGAUCCUUCAACCCUAAAAAGAUUGUUGCUUGAAGCCAUUGCAUUCGGUUCCUUCCUUUGGGAUGUGGAAGAUUAUGUGGACGAGAUUUAUAAGCUGUCGGAUAGCUGAGGACAGUGCUGCAGAAAGUUCUUACAGCCUUGUAGAUAUGAAUCCAGCUGAAAGAAGAAUUUUUGGCACCUCACUAGUCUUUUGCUGCAGAAAGUUCCUCCAAUUGCAGAAGACUUUCCUGAAGCCUUGUACAUAUGAUGAACUAGCUGUUAUGUACAUGUACAUGUACACCUUGAUCUCAAGAUUGAUUUGGAGGUGCUUGGGUGUAUGUCACUCGUGAGACAUGUUUGUUUCUGUAGGAGUUUUGUAGUGCUACUGCAUUGACAAAUCCAAUCCAAACUGUUGCUACUUUCAGAAUUUUUGGCACGCGUUAUGAGACUCAUUUCGAUGUAAUUUUCAUCACUUCAAAUCAUCCUGGUUUAGAACUCAAAAGCAUCAACCUGUCUGUAACUUUGAGGACACCUAACAUAAUUUCACAUGACUAACUAGCAGCAUGAUGACACAUGAUAACCAGUCAAGCAGGCAACACCUGAAAGAAUGGGGCCAGCCAAAUUCAGACCCAUC